AUGUCGAACGCCUCCCCAGCUGAUAUAAUCACCUAUAUCGGCGUACCUCUUGCCGUAAUUGGUGUGCUCCCAAUAAUUUACACCUGUGUUCGCGCCCUGCUUGUGCUACGUUCAAUCCGCAUAGUCUUAGCACGAAAUGGCCACUCCAACUCCGCAGUCACCAGGGGUAGCAUGAUGUCGGGCAUCGUCGAAGUCGAACUACCACGCUAUACCAUAACGCCCCUUGAUCGAGAAGAUGAUGAAGAGUACUGGAAGCUUAACGCGGGCCGCUCUACACUCUCUGGAGGCUCAUGGUCCUACUUUCACUGGAAUUGUUUGGUAACGGGCAAGAAGCUAUACCGAAUCCAAUAUAAAGACGAAUUGCUAGUACCUCAGGCGGAAAUCGAAUUUGAUGAACUAGUUGGAUUCCUCCUCGAUCGCGGAGCAGUGCCUGAUGAAAAUGGCUGGAAUAUGUUGAGAACAAGUGGAUUGUGGACGCCGGCUGGGACUGUUUUGCUACGAUCGCCACUGAGCGGGUUUGGCGCUGUACUGAGAACGAGCGUGCCUGAUGAUUCAGACGGCGUUCUGAGUUUGAAGGUGCACUGGCAGUCUGAUUGGGACCAACGAGACAAACAUUGCCUGCCGCCAUUUUGGAUGAGGGUUCAUCAGCCCAAGCUAUUUCACGAUAGAACAUCUACUUCCGGUUCCGGCUCUACAUCAAAAGCAGGAGAGGAGACCAUAGAUGACAAAGAAGGCCAGAAACUAUUGUCCGUAGAAGGGCCCACUGGGGAUCCAAUAGAGGACAUGCAGCCUGAUAUAACUGCUGUCCCAUCACUUCUGGCUCAUAUUGAGGAAAAGCGCGCCUCUCUCGAUAGCACUGAUGCACUCAGCGACAGUAUACGCUUCCGCAUUGAAAGCGAUACUGUCGAGAAAAUCUACUUUGAACAAGACCACUCGCUUACUGGAAGGACGAGGGAAAUGGGCCAUACGGGCGACGCAAUUAACCAGUGGUUUGUCUACACUGCAUCAUCCCUAGGGCACAACGAAAAGGCAGGAACAUGGAGUUUUGCAUUGCCACAAAAUAUCUUGCAGGCUGUGAAGAGAGAAGCAGUUCCGUGUGGUGUUAUGGAAUUACUGGACAUCAUGCAAGAAAGCGAGCUACCUCACUGGGCGUCUCCACGUCCACAGUUUAACGAUCCCAUGAAAUUUCAUAAUCGGUUUCUCGAAAACAUACGCGCAGCACAACUCGAGAAAACAAUGCCUCCUGCGCAAGCCGAAGCCGCCCGUCGUGCCAGAGAACAGGCUAGCAUGAGGGCAAUGCAUAAUGACCACACGGAAGGGGUCAAGGUCAUGCGCGAGUACGAAGAGAAACACAGGAUUGAAGCGUUGACUUCUCCGAAACUAAGCAACAAGGCCGUCGCCAACGCUUGCUUAGCAUGGCUGACAAAGAAUAAUUAUGUUCCUAAAACGUACCAGAUCAGAGAUCUGGCCAAGGCAGCAUUAUACCUGAUGGUACUCGAUAGCAAUGAAGCCAAGGCUAUUACACAGGUAUGUGAUCGUUGGACGAUCUGGCAUCAAUCGCCAGGCAUGAACCGUUCGGAGAUAGAAUUCCUACGAGAUAACAAGGCCUCCUUUUGUUAUGCCUCGUCCAUAAUUUACACGAUCCAAAUAGCGGCACAUUCAGAAGCCCAGGUAUCCACGGACAUGCAGGAGUGCCUAAAAGUGUGGAAGAAAGUGCGACUUGGUUGA